AGAGCAUGAAUGCCAACGGAGGGUUCAAGACACGGUGACCGAGAUCCAGGAACGCGUCUUUUGUCCUGCAUGGGACCCGGAGAUGGGUACUUCGAGUCCAUUAGGUUGGACCGAUCGCACGCCGGGUUAGCUCGUAUUCCCCUAGUGCCCACGGAACAGUGGGCGGAUCCACAAGUCCCUGACCAGAACCUCGGAUCCUCUUUGCCUUGACGGUACGAUCGGAUGUCUUUGGACGACUCCUAUAAGGUGUCGGGAGUCGCCCCGAUGAUGGAGGAGGGGACGACGAGCGUACUGCCGUUGUCGUUGCCGCUUCUUCACCCACCACUCCUUACUCACCACCGUCGCUCUUUCACGCUGUGCCAUCCUCCCUUUCUACACCUGAUCCUACGACUACUCGGGUCCGCUCUUUAUUGUAGUCGUUCCCUUACGCUCUCUUCUUUCUUUGUAACAAUCAUCAUCUCACGACUUCAAAAUGAAACUCUCUGGUCUUCUUCUGCUUGUGCCUUUGGCUAGUGCACGAGCUGUACGAUACCACAAUCAGAUACCCAUCGUUGAAGAGACCGUCAACGACCACACUAGCGCGGAAGAGCUCGAUGCGACUCCCAGCAUCGGCGUCCAUUUCACAACAUUACAAGCAGUAGCAGCUGCGCGGUACCCAAACGGCACAACAAUCGACCUGGCCCAAAUUCCCGGAGAUGCCGAAUACAUAGACUUGAUGUCGCGGUGGAUGACACCACACUCGACGUUGAAUUCUCCAGACGACAGCACAAUUCUCACAACAUUCCUGUCAAAAGUCCACACCACCCUCGAAACAGAACUCAACCACCCAGUCACAAACAUCACAUCAGCCAUCACAUUCCCCUUCUAUGGAUCCCAUGAAAAGGACUUCCAAAACGCUCUACUAUCCGCCGGCCUCGCUCCAUCGGAGGACACCCCUCCGAUACACUCUGAGGCAUACGCCACCCACGCAGGAUUACAACACGCCUCAUGCGCUUCCGCAACCCUGCCCUACCAAUACCAACACAUCCUCGUCCUCGCCUUCGACUCCAGUUCCUUCAGCGCAAGCAUGCACGAAACCACGUGCUCCCCCACCGCCACCCCCCAAUCCCGCAUGAUUAACUACGCCGCGCGAACCGAUCUCGGUUGGUGGAACCUCCCUGUCUACGAAGCCCCCCGCGCAAAGUUCUGGGCGAAGCUCCAGGAGGCUGUUGUUCAUGCUGUGGCUGGGCUGGGUGUGCCGCCGGGGAAGAUCGUGUUGCUUGGGAGUCAUGGUCAGGAUGCGGAGUUUAUGGGAGUAGUGGAGCAGGCGCUUUGGAGGGAGUUGGAGGUUGAUGUGGGAGCGUUGCUUGGGGGGAGACGGGAGGAGGGUGGUGAGUGGUUGCCUGCGAGGGGGGCGGCGGCGUUGGGAUUGCGGAAUCAGAAUCGGAGGUGAAAUGGUUUUUCUUUGUUUGGGCGCUGGGGAAAGGAAAAUGUUAAGUAAAAAGAUACCCAUAAUUUAUAGCAUCAUGAACAUUGUUACAUUCAUUUA